GAAGACUUAGUUGAAGAGACAAACCACCUCCCUCGCACACAAUGAACCCUCUUCUCUUUAGCUCCAGGGUCCUCUCGCUAGGCUGUCGUCAGUUCCCGAAGUAUGUGCGUACUGGAGCCUCAUUGACGGCUCCUUCCACGGUGACGUCUGAGGCUGUCGCUGAUUCACCAGAGCACUCACAGGAGAAAGCUGUUGAGAGAAGAAGAUUACCGUUGAGAACCGGGCUGUUAGCUCUGAAACGUGGCAUGGGCCCAUGGUUUGACCAGAAGACCGGAGAGACUUUCCCAGUUACCGUGCUGGAAGUCAACCAAGUUGAAGUUAUCUACAACAAGACAAGAGAGGUUGAAGGGUACUGCGCUGUGCAGGUUGGCUACGGUGCAAAGAACCCAAAGCGUGUCUCUAGACAGCUACUUGGACACUUCGAGAAGGCCCAGGUCAAUCCAAAGGUGAAGGUUGCCGAGUUCAUGGUGAAGUCUGAAGAAGGGCUGGUACCUGUGGGCACUGAAUUGAAGGCGAGCCAUUUCGAGGUUGGCCAAUAUGUUGACUUGAAAGGUGUAUCAAAGGGUAAAGGCUUCGCCGGUGUCAUCAAACGUUACGGCAUGAAGGGUCAGCCAGCGUCGCACGGUACAUCACUGACACACAGAUCAGGUGGUUCAUACGGUGCUAACACCUCGCCAGGUCGUGUCUUGCCAGGACAGAGAAUGCCAGGCAGAAUGGGUGGUAAGAGCUCUACAAAGCAAAACUCGCUUGUUGUUGAUGUUGAUGCUGAGAACGGUAUCAUCUUGGUGAAGGGACACGUUCCAGGACCAAAGAACUCAUUCGUCAGAGUAACAGAUGCCAUCAAGAAACUAUGAGUUACAGCUAUAUAUAGUUGCCCAUUAUUAUAAUCAUGUAAAUACAAAGCUUUCUCUUUAAACCAU